CAUUAAGAUCCCUUUAAAAGGAAAAAAAAAAAAUUAAGCACAGCAACCAGCCAUCUCCAUUAUGGCAUCGCGUCACCUCAAAGAAUAGUUAACAACAAGCAGAGAUCUCCAUAAAUCAAUGCAAUGCAGUUCAGACAAUCUCACCUUCAAUUCCGGAUUUUGAAUCCAAAAAUCGUCAAUUCAAUAGGCAAGAGAUCCUCUCUACUCGAAGAACAUCUCUGAAAACGAAUUAGAGCCAAUCAGGCGGCUGGCAUUGCAUGAUUUAAGCUUAUGGCGGGAUGAUUUGGUCAAUAAAAGGGUCCCACUUUCUUCCCACUAACAAAUAAACGGGACCGUUUAAGGAAAACGAGAUUCAACAAGCAACAUGUCGUUUGCAACAAAAGGUAUGUAUGUAUGUAUCUCCCCAUUCGACCAGCUGAAAAUCUCUCUUCUCCUCCUCUCAAUGGUUUAGUAAAGUGGGUUGCCGUACAGACAGAGAGAGAGAGAGAGUGAUGAACGACCUGUCCAAUGCAACUUUGAGAGAACAUAACAGCCACAGCUGCAAGCCAAUACCAAGACUAGCAGUCUGCAUUUUACUACUUGUAUUCUUUGUUGGGCUUUCAGUUUCUGUUUUUAUACUCAUUGUGGUCCAUAAUGUUUUCUUCUUUCUUUCUUUUAUCUUGCUCUUUGCUUUAGUUCUUUCCUUUUUAGCUUGGAAUAAGCUUAAUUGGAGACGUAAAGCUGCUGUCUUUUGGUGUCUUCGUUCUUUUCCUGAUUCUGACCUUGCUGCUGCUACUGAAGGACAGCUUGUUAAAAUUACUGGGCUGGUAUCCUGUGGAAGCGUUUCCCUGGAAUCUUCAUAUGAGAGAGCUGCCAGAUGUACCUACGUAUCUACUCUUUUGUAUGAAUAUGGGGGUUUUGGAGUGAAGCCAAUGAAUGCUACUACAUCAUGCUUACAGUGGAAUCUAAAAUAUUGCGAGAGGUUCUCCACAGACUUCUACAUAACUGAUCGAAAGUCUGGUAUCAGAGCCAUGGUAAAAGCUGGUUCUGGUUGUAAAGUUGUUCCCUUGAUUGUUGAGAGCAAACUUGUGACUACAAGGCAAUGCAGAACCCUAUCUUCUCACUUGAGGAAAUGGUUGCAAGAAAGAAACCUGUCAGCCGAGGCCCGCCUACUACGUUUGGAAGAAGGGUACGUACAAGAAGGCAGCUUUGUUACCGUGAUUGGUGUUUUGCGUAGAAAUAAUGAUAUUUCGAUGAUUGUUCAGCCACAAGAGCUUUUCUCCACAGGAUGCCUGUGGCAAAAGCUUUUACUCCCUGUGGAUGUUGAUGGGCUAAUCCUGGGGUUCCCAGAUACUGCUGGCCCUAACAUGAACCCAGGUUACACACGACACUUGGAACAGUAAUGUCAAACCUCUCAGAAAAUUAGGAAUAGGUGGUUCUUUUCUGAUCUUCAUUCCUAGCCGCUCCCUGGUCCAAAGAUUCUUGUGCUUACCAUCUAAAAAUGACCCUGCAAAGACCACCAUGGAAUGAUGAAGAUUUAUAGGGAUUGGAAGAACCUUCUUCGGUGGCAGGGCAUGGGUGGCCUGAACUCCCUAUCCCGGAUAACAAUAAUUUUCAAUAAUAAUAAAAUAAAAUAAAAUUAAGCAGCAUUGAAUAUGGUCACUGGAAAUUCUUAGCAAUUAAAAUUCGUAGAAUUUGCAGUAAACUUCUCGCCAACAUAGCUCGCAAGCAAGUAGCAUGUAAACCAAGGUGCUCCGG